AUGGCAUCGCCGACAUUAUUUUUGGCUUCUCAAUCAAGGAAGAAAAAGACGUCAUCGAAAAUACAAAAAAACGUCGAGUGUCAGGUAAAACUGCCAGCGCCGGGAUCAAUCCCUGCGGAGAAUUUAUUUAACAAUUCGAAAAAAGAGGAACUGGAAGCUUUAGCUGAUUGGAAUUUAAGAGAAGAGGCGAAUUUUCGUGAGCUGACGACCAAGCUCGAUAUUUAUCAAAUAUCACCGUUUGCCGACGAGGAUAAAGGCGACUACAUUGUUCGUAAUCCUUACAUCAAAGAAAAGAGACAACAUAUUGCUGACACAUUCGAUGCUCUUAAUGGCAAAAGACCGAACAUCAGCAAGGAGGAAUUUGAGCAGCUACAAAACACCUUUACAAAGGGUACGGAACGCACCAAAUCUCGAGGUUCCAAUGCGGGCGUAUUAAAUGACAAAUUUCAGUUUCCACCUCGAGAUAACAUUACAAAAACAACCACGACAUCAUCGUCGUCAAACACAGGUAAAGAACAUCAUACCACCACAAGAACAGGCAUACUCAAUGAUGAGAACAAGGAGACUGAUACUGAGGACGAUGAAAAGAAAGAAAAGUCUCGUAGAAGACAAAGUAAUCUUAAUAUUUUUGCUAAAGAAUUCAAACCAACCUGGACUUCCGCUGAUGCCGCUCAAUCCAUGGAGAAUGGAUCUAAUAUGAACGGUGAAGUGAAUGAUCAACUCGCUUCCAAUGCCUUAAAAAAGAAACCACAGCGUAGUAACAGGCCCAGAAUCUCUGCUGACUUGACACAGCAGCCAAUUAUCGAUCCUGCCUAUGGAUAUCCAGCUAAUGGUUUUGAGGGUACUUUUUUCAUACCGCCGCCGCCAACCCCGCUUCAAUAUGUUGAAGCCCCGACUAAUUGGGAAGCGCAUUACUCCAAAUUGACUGGGGAGGUAGCCGCUCGCGUUGAAGAAAUUGUUCAAACCCAACUAACAAAAUUUUUCAAAGAUCCUCCGUUACAAAUAAAUCAUAACAACAAAUCACCAGUUACUUCUUCAUCAACCAGUGAAAGAAAACGUGAAGGGGCGGAUUUGAAAAAAGAGGAGAUUGAGCUUCAAAAAUUACGUGAGGAACUGCUGCAAGAAUUGCAAGGAUUGCAAGGAUGGAGAAGUGAUCAUCAAAAGAUAGAAAAAUCAUACAAAGAGCUUUUUCUGCGACACGAAGAAAUACAGAAUCGACAGCUUAAUCAACUAGCUGAAGCCAAUAAUUAUAUUAAAUAUCAUACUGAAAUUCAGAAUAAACAUAAAGAUUUACAAUUUGAUCUGCAUCAAAUUCAAAAAGAUAUUAAUGAUUUCAAUGAGAUCCAAUCACGGUUCAGGGAACUACAAACCGAGCACAAACAACUACAAACCGAGCACAAACAGCUACAAUUACGACAACAUCAAUUCGAUUCCGAAAUGACACGACAACAAGAACUACAAAAUCAACUGCAUAUAGUUGACAGUGAACUUAGAAAAUAUCGAUCACAAAAUGUCGAUCUUGCCAAUGAAAACGCGAAACUCUCUGAAGAAAAUCGGACCAACAAGUUGAAACUUCAGCAAGAUAUCGCCGAAAUAAAGAAUCGUGAAAGUCAACUUGCUGCUGAACUUUCAAAGGCACAAAAGAGAGAUUCGUCGACUUACCACUCAUUGGAGAAUGAGUUAAGACAGGCACACGAGGAAUUGCAGAAGUUAAAAGGCCAAAUGCAAAUUCAAGAACACGAAUUUCAGUCACUUGAGAAAAAAUACCGUGACCUAAUUCAAGAGAACACGACUUUAAAGAUUAAGGACGAAACAUGGCGCAAUCAACACACACAGUGGCAGGAAACAGAACGCAAUCAGCAGCAAGAUCUUGAAGAUCUUCGACGUCAUGUGCGAACCUUUGAAUUAAAAAUAGGCGAGUCAGAACUCCAAAUACGACAACAAGCACGACAAUAUAGUGACAGUUAUAAAACUUUAAAGGCUAAAGAGGAGGCACUCCAAGCACAAAAUCAAGAAUACGAGAGAUCAUUGAAGCAGUUUGAAGGUUUGCAAGAGCGGCAAAUGGCCAUAGAAAAUGAAGUUACUAGGACCAAACAAAGUAAUCAUGAAUUACAACAAAAUUAUCGUGAAUUACAACAAAAUAAUCAUGAAUUACAACAAAAUUAUCGUGAAUUACAACAAAAUAAUCAUGAAUUACAACAAAAGAAUCGUGACUUGCAAUCAAAAGUUGAUAUUCACAAGAACAAUGAAAGUGAACAAUUACGUACUAAAACCACAGAGAUUGAAUCACUUAUCCAAGAGAAUCAAACUCUACGAACGAAAAAUAAAGAGAUUGAAAAGAAUCGAACUGAUCUCAGUGAUCUACGUCUUCGAGAACAUGAGGCUAUGAAAAAAGAGAUUGAGACACUCGAAGAAAAAUUAUCAAAACUUCAAGUUGAAUCCGAACACAGUCACAUUGAAAAUGUGAAACUUCGUUCUCAAACUAAACACAUGGGAGAACGCAACACUUUUCUCGAGAGUAUCGCCCAACGAAUCAAUGAGUCGGAGAAAAAGGCUGAGAAAAAGGCUGAAGAAAGCGAAAAUUUGCGUAAACGUUAUAUCACUCAGCAAUCGGAACUUGAUCGUAUACGCACCAAAAUCCAGGAAGACGAACAAGCUUCCAAAGAGAAGGAGAAGCGCAUCAAAGAUCUGGAGAAGCUGUACAACAAUAAAGAACGAGAUGUCGCGACGUAUAAAUCUGAACUUGACUCAGAAAAAAAGAAAAAUCGAUUUUUAGAGGAUGAUUUAUAUUCAUACAAAUCCAAAUAUAUGGAGGAAGUUAGCAAAGUCAAACAAGAAAAUGAAAAAUUACACAGAGACAUUGAAAAUCAAAAAUCACGAAUGCAAAAAGAAAAUAGUAACCUCUCUAGCUUAGAAAGUGAAAAAAAUCAAUUGUUAAAUGAAAAUAAAAGAUUACAAGGAGAGAUGGAAAAUGAGAAAACCAGAUUGAAGAGUGAACUUGAGAAACUUCAAAGGGUUGAAAACGAACGAUCGAAAUUGCGAAAGGAGAUUGAAAUCCUGAAAACGAAUGAAGCUGAAAUGAGCAGAUUGCAAAUCGAAAUUGCUAAAAUAACCAGUGAUAAAUCACAUUUGGAAACUGAAUUAGGACGAGUGAGAGAAGAAAAUAAACGUCUUCAACAAUCGUCAAUAAUCGCUCAGCAACCUACGAAUAAUAAUAGUAAUAGCUAUUUUCCAUCAUUACAGCAUACUAAUAGCUAUCCAUUUUUGCAGCACACAAAUACACAAUCUUCAACGGUAGUCUCUUCGCCGCAACCGCAAGUCAAUAAUCACUAUAAUCCAUCAAUAUCUCAAAUGGCUCCUGCUCAAUCUCCAAUAAGUGCUCAACAACCUAAUAAUAAUGCUUAUUAUAAUUCUCAAUCUGCUCUGCCUAUGCCACAACAACCUAUCAAUAAUCAAUAUAUACCCCAGAAAAGUGCACAACCUCCAUCUUUGACUUCACUGAAUCCUCCUCAGCAACCUGUGAAUAAUAAUUAUCACGUACCACCACCACUGAAUUCUCCUCAGCUGCCUGUGACUAAUCAUUAUUAUAUAUCAUCACCACCACCGCAGCCACCAAUAUCUCAAACCCAUAAUCAAAUGCCAACCACCACACCAAUAUCUCAAACCCACAAUCAAAUGCCAACCACCACACCAAUAUCUCAAACCCAUAAUCAAAUGUCAACCACCACACCAAUAUCUCAAACCAAUAAUCAAAUGCCAACCACCACACCAUCCACUUUACAACAGCCUGUCAAUAUUCCACCAAUACCUCAAGUAAACAAUUACGAGUCUUCUCAAAUCAACGAUGCUUCUUCGUAUUUGACCAGCUCUGCAGAUCCAACAAUUGAUGACAGACGUGUCGCGCAAGAACAACUUUUUGCUGAACUUGAUCCUACCCCCCAAGUAAAUCUUCCAACCUCCUCAGAUACUAAGAGUCGAACUGGAUCGCCCACACACAGCCGAAAUAAUUCAAGACAAUUGAAUAAAAAGGAUAAAAACGCAAACAAAAAACCGAAGAAUCGUAAACCUCAAGGUUCUAAAUCUUCUAAGUUGCAAGCUAAUGCUAGUAAUAGAACUGAGACUAAUACUACCACCGCCGAUGAUUCCACAAGUGAUCCGGCCAUUACCUGGAGGAAGAAAGAAAAUCUCGUCAACACUACCUGGUGGUGA